AAGAGCUUAGUGAUGGGUGAGCAGACCGGGCUGCCCUCCAGGCCGUCGUCCCCUAGCCCGCAAGACCGAGUGCUGAAGUCUGGCUGGCUGAAGAAGCAGAGGAGCAUCAUGAAGAACUGGCAGCAACGGUGGUUUGUGCUGCGUGGAGACCAGCUCUUCUACUAUAAGGAUGAGGAGGAAACCAAGCCGCAGGGUUUCAUUCCACUGCAAGGCAAUCAGGUGAGCGAGCUGACCCCUCAGCCUGAGGAACCAGGGAAACACCUCUUUGAAAUUGCCUCAGGUGGUGCGGGAGACCGAGAAAAGAUGCCUGUCAAUCACGAAGCCUUCCUGCUCAUGGCUAAUUCCCAGAAUGAGAUGGAAGAUUGGGUGAAAGCCAUCCGGCGGGUCAUAUGGGCUCCCUUUGGUGGAGGUAUUGCACAUAGCUCACAUGCACAUAAAUUAAAACUGUUGCCUCAAGGGAUCUUCGGGCAGCGAUUGGAAGACACGGUGCAAUACGAGCGAAAGUACGGCCUGCGGCUGGCCCCACUGCUGGUGGAGCAAUGUGUGGAUUUUAUCCGGGAGCGAGGCCUCACCGAAGAAGGGCUCUUUCGCAUGCCUGGUCAAGCCAACCUUGUCAAGGACCUGCAGGAUUCAUUUGAUUGUGGAGAGAAGCCCCUCUUUGACAGCAACACGGAUGUUCACACUGUGGCGUCCCUCCUGAAGCUUUAUCUCCGAGAGCUGCCAGAGCCCGUCAUCCCCUUUGCCAAAUAUGAAGACUUCCUGUCAUGUGGACAGCUGCUCUCCAAGGACAAGGGAGAGGGCACCCGAGAGCUGGCUAAACAGGUGAAGACCCUGCCCCAGGCAAACUACAACCUCCUCAAAUACAUAUGCAAAUUCCUCGAUGAAGUUCAGUCUCACUCCAGCGUGAACAAGAUGAGCGUCCAGAACCUCGCCACGGUGUUCGGCCCAAAUAUACUGCGGCCCAAAAUGGAAGAUCCAGUCACCAUUAUGGAAGGCACCUCGCUGGUCCAGCACUUGAUGACAGUGUUGAUAAGUGAACACGGACAGAUCUUUGCCAUUUCGCAGGCCGAUGCAGCCGGGGCUCAGCCCGAAGCCCGCUCCGUGCUGCAGCGCAGCAUGGUGGAGUGGAUCUCCGAGGAAGACGGGGAGGAGAGCAGGUCGGAGAAGAGCGCCCCCAGCCCUGCCGACUUGCCUUCUAGCAGUGCCAUGGCGCCGGACGCCGCGCCCAGCUCGCUGGCGAAAAACGCCCCUCAGGAGCACGGCAGCAAAGCCACCCAGCCUGCCACCAGCCCCAGCAAGAGGGUGCAGACAUUACCCACCUGGAAGUACUCCUUCCGGCAACAGGGGGCAAGGUCUGUCAGCCCCAAGCUGGGUAGCUCGUCCUUAGACAUUCCUAAUCUAUCCUCCAGCGGGAACUGGCUGAUGAAUGGAUUGUACUCUCUCCGAGGCCACCGCCGGACGUCCUCUGGGGAGCGGGUGAAAGACUCAGGUUCAUCCCAAAGACUCUCCACCUACGACAACGUCCCCUCCUCCAGCCUCUCCCUGAGUGCACACAGCAUCGCCAGCACCGCCUGGUCCACCUCGUCCUGUGAGAUCUCGGUCGUUGAUUCUGUCAGCAGCUGCCCGGCCUGCCGGGCCAGUGACUCCUCUGCUUUAAGCUCCCUCAGAACGGAAUGGGCCACUCACGGCUCGCUGUCGCAGAGCGAGGUCAAGACUGUGGACCUGGAGAACAGCAUGGAGAGGUUCGAAAUGUGCAUCAGCAGCUGCAGCGAGCAGAGUGACCUGGCAGCUGCUUCCAAAGACUCGGCCAGAUGCUCCAGGGCUCUGCAGAGCCUGGUUUCAGAGCUAAAGACUGGACUGAGCAAACAGAGGACUGAGUAUGAGUCUAGUAUCAAAAGAAUUGAAGAAACAAGUGCUGAACUGAGAAAACGAGUGACAAGAUUAGAAGAGGAGUUGGACCAGGAGCGAAAGAAAUACACGAUGCUGGAGAUCAAACUGAGGAAUUCAGAGCGUGCACGUGAAGAUGCUGAAAAGAGAAACCAGCUCCUGCAGACAGAAAUGGAAGAGUUUUUUUUGACAUUAGGAAAUUUGACUGUUGCAAGCCGGGGAGCUAAAGUGCCGAAGUAAAGAAAGCAGAAGUACACCAUCGA